AUGACGGUGGAAGUGAGCUAUUGGAGCCGGAUUUUACUGCUCUCGGUGGGGGUUUUGGCAACAACGGCCACCGCCCAAAACUGCAGUUACAUUUUGCAAGGUCCAAACGGGACAAUACAAAGUCCGGGGUUCCCGUACGGCUAUCCAAAUUAUGCAAACUGUACCUGGACAAUCACCGCCAAAGAACAGAACAGAAUACAACUUGUUUUCCAGUCCUUUGCGCUAGAGGAAGAUUUCGAUGUCUUAUCUGUUUAUGAUGGGUUGCCCCAACAAGGAAGCCUAAGAACAAGGCUCACAGGUUUCCAGCUGCCUCCUCCCAUUGUGAGUACUGGAGUGGUGCUGUCCUUGUGGCUCGUAAGUGACUAUGCUGUCAGUGCUCAAGGAUUUCAGGCAACCUAUGAAGUUCUUCCAAGCCACACGUGUGGAAAUCCAGGAAGGCUUCAGAAUGGAAUCCAGCAAGGCACAACAUUCAGCGUUGGAGACAAAGUGCGUUACAGCUGCAACCCGGGUUUCUUUUUGGAGGGGCAUGCAUUGCUCACUUGCCAUGAGACCAUGGAAAAUACCGCAUCCUGGGAUUUCCCUCUGCCCUUCUGUCGUGCUGAUGAUGCCUGUGGUGGGACACUUCGAGGGCAGAGUGGAAUAAUUUCAACCCCUCAUUAUCCUUUGGAGUACAACAACAAUGCUGACUGCACGUGGACGAUUUUAGCAGAGCCGGGAGACACUAUAGCUCUGGUUUUCUCGGAUUUCCAAUUGGAGGAUGAAUAUGACUUUUUAGAGGUCACUGGAACAGAGGGAUCCUCUUUAUGGUUUACAGGAACAAAUCUUCCUGCUCCUGUAAUCAGCAGCAAAAAUUGGCUUCGUCUCCACUUUCUGUCAGAUGGGAACCACAGACAGAAGGGUUUCAAUGCACAAUACCAGGGAUUAAUUCUCAAAGUUCUGCAAUUGUUUUUUGUUUUUUUUUAA